AUGAAUAAAUCUUCAGUCUAUUGCGAAUCAGAAGGGGAGAAGGAAAAGCAGCGUGGGCAAUUAGUCACAGUGUUGAGCAGAAAGCAGAUUUACAUCAUGGAAAAAGAAAAUACACAAAAGCUAAGCAAAACUAAAUUUGCCAAACUGAAGGAAAAAAUACUUGCCAUAGAUACCAACCAUGUUAAAAUAUUUCUUCCAGCUAAACUUUGUUAUUUUGGCUUCGAAGCAAGUCUUGGUUGUAUCAUACCAUUUCUCACUGUUUUCCUAACAUCUAUAGGGUUGUCUGUAACGCAAAGCAGUUUAAUAGCUGGAUUCCGCACAGUGGCAUCAUUAAUUUUAUCCCCAUUCUUGAACGCUAUUGCUGACCGCACAAACAGGCACAAAACAAUUUUACUACUAGAAAUCGUAGCCACCAUCAGCGUGGCAUUGCCUUUGCCAUGGAUUGCUCAAACGUUAGAUGAAACACUUGCCACAAAAAAUGUUACUGUCGGGAAUGGCACAGAAGUUGAAAAUAAUCUAAGUCCUACAUCAAGUUGGAUUCUUUUUACAGUCAUGCUGUUGUUGACGUCAUUUUUAUCAGUUUUAUUUAUGUCUACAGCUGGUUUUUUAGACUCUGCUAUUAUGAGUCUUGUUGCUAAGCACAAAAGCAAAACAACCUUUGGUAAUCAACGAGUGUUUGGAUCAAUUGGUGUUGCCAGUGGCUCGUUUUUCUCUGGGUUGCUUUCAGAUAAAUUUCAUCUGCCGGAGGUAUCGAGAUACUCCCCCGUGUUUUUUGUUCUGCUGCCUCAUUUUUUGAUACUUUUUAUUGCCGCAUUAUUUUUGACACAUUCACCUGUAAAACCCAAAAAAGUCCUGCCGAAAGCCUUUAAAAGAUACGACACUUUUGACGAAGGCGAAGUUGAAGGAAGUUUAUCUGGUAAAAGUGUACUGCAAUCAACCUUAUCUGUUUGUAAACAGUGGGAGGUUAUUUUUGUUUUUAUAAUAACAGUCAAUAAUGGCAUCAACUAUGCAACAAUACCUGGCUUUUUGUCGAUGCAUUUGACAAGCAUCGGCUCAUCGAGGACAGAAAUGGGAUUGGCAGCAUCCAUAGCGUCCAUAUCAGCUGUAGUAGCCUUUCCUAUUUCAUCAAGAAUUAUGAAUCUUCUCGGCGGCGCUUUUCCUGCCUUUGUGGUUGCUACAUUCUCCUAUGCAGUACGUUAUCUUAUAAUGGGAAUUGUUAAAAUUCCUUCAAUAAUUAUUGCAGUACAGACUUUGCAUUCAUUUGGGUUUGCUUUAUUUUGGGUUGCACUAGUUGAGUAUAUUCAUAAAGUCAGUCCCCUCAAAAUAUGUACGACAAUGUUUGGAAUUGUAAACACGCUGUAUUAUUCGCUGGGGAUUCUUAUCGGGAAUAUCUUUGGUGGUAUGAUUUUUGCAAGAUAUGGUGGAGAAGUGUUAUUUCAAGUUCUGUCCAUCACUAGUUUAAUUAUGAGCUGUUUUAUUCUGAUUUAUCACUGCAUAGAGAAAAGAAGACGGAAAAACACAGAAGUAAAUGGAUUUCUUAAAAAUGGUAAAAAUAACGAGAUAUUUGAACACAUUUAA